ACGUGUGGGCGACAAACGAACGGGUCCCAGCAACAGGACCUGGCUCCCACGGAACCUCAUGGCCGCUGGAGUGUGUCGUCGACCGUUUGGGUUCGGGUCGGGGACCACUGACCGUUGGCGCUCCCUCCGCCAUUGCAACGCCAUCGCCAGUCGGGUCGUGGGACGUGUCGUCGCCAUUUGCGUUCAGCGCUUGAAAGUGCUUGAUCGUGUGGCCAUGGAAGCGGGUUUCGGCGAUGGAGAUGGGGACAUGCCCGACAUGUACGCGGCAAUGGAACUCGACAGCGGGCCUGGCAGCUGUGCUGCCGGCGCAUGCUCGGAUGCGAUUGUGGAGUGGGACGACAUGCUGUUCAUGUUGGUUUUCGUCAUCAUCCAGUGGAUGAAACAAAGGAACGAGGCGGCUAUGACCGUUAUCGAGGCAGCAGCAUCAUUGCCUCUGUGGGAUCCUGGAAUGCCUGUCGUUUUGGCACUGUUGACGUAUGGUGUUGGUCACAACCUUCAUCUCCUCCAUGCGGCCUUGAGUCCCAUUCACAAGAGAGGCGAGAGUAGUGGUAGGAUUUGGGUACUUGAUCGUAGCGGUGGUGUGUGGAAGGAUCUCCAACGUGUGGGUAGGAGACACGACAAGAUCUUCAAAAGGUUUUGUAGGCUCCCUCGUCCAGUGUUUGAGGACGUCUUGCGCCGAAUAGCACCUCAUAUUCAGCGGGCAACAACGAAUUGGAGGCAGCCACUGCCUGCGGAACAUAAAUUUGCAUGCGCGCUGAUCAGAUGGGCCACUGGCGGUUUCUACAGACAGUCUGCUCAUGGGUUGGGCAUGGGACUGGCCAGUGCACUGCGGAGCAACGAAGACGUGGCCGACGCAAUCAUCAGGGAAUACGGUGAUGUCAUCUCCUUCUCGCGGGGUCGCCGUCUGCAAGAGACAUUGGAUGCAUUUGAACGGAAGGGUUUUCCAGGCUGUGUGGGUGCGAUAGAUUUCACUCACCUUUACAUUGAAAAGCCAAGGAAGGAGCGUGGCGAGUGCUACUACGACAGGACGGGACAGUUUUCGGUCAUCGCGCAGGUGGUCUGCGACCAAGAAUGCAGGAUUUUGGAUGUGUACGUCGGCUGCCCGGGCUCCAACCACGACUCUCGGGUGUUGCGCUUAUCUCCUUUGUACUCCGACGCUCAAAACUGUUUAGGAGUGUUCAGUGUCGGUGCACACACGCUCAAUGAGGGGACAAGAAUUGGCCGGUAUGUAUUGGGGGAUGCAGGCUUUCCUUGUUUGUCGUGGUUGAUCACGCCAGUUCCUACUCGUGGUCGUACCGCAGACGGUGUCACCUUCAACGACUCGCACUCCGCUGCAAGGAGCGUCAUCGAGCGGACGUUCGGGAUUCUAAAGGUGGUGUGGCGAAAUUUUAUCCGUCGACAGAUUGGCAACUUGAAGACGUUGUGCAAAGAGUUCAUGGCAGUGUGUAUAUUGCACAAUAUUCUUCUGGACCACAAUGUGGACGCCGACGAGCUGUGCACCUCUGACGGUGAUGACUCCGAUGACGACAACCCUCCGCCACGUCCCCUGCCACCAAGGAACCUGGUUGUGCGACGACGACGACGGCAGACCUUUCACGAUUCAACGGAUGAGUCGUACGGCAGCGAGGAGGGGGCGGAGUGUAGGUCAAGGUUGGUGACGCAUGUCGUCCAUCAUGUUCGAGUGCAUGGUGCGCCACAACGAGCUCCUUGGUGUCGCGUGGGUGCACGAGUACAGGCAUAGGU